GCGCGCGGCGGGAAAUUAUUUCCCAGAGCCCGGAUUAGUGAAGCAGUUGAGUGCUGCAGCGGCAGUCGUCGCUCUUGCCGCCGCCGCCACCCGAGGAAAGCAUCCUACACACUUCGGCCGGGAAGAUGGGAGAUGGUGCCCCAAAGCAUAUCAUACAAAUGACAGGAUUUAAGAUGGAAGAAAAGGAAGCUCUAGUCAAAUUACUUUUAAAACUAGAUUGUACCUUUAUUAAGAGUGAGAAAUACAAAAAUUGUACACAUCUUAUAGCCGAACGCCUAUGUAAGAGUGAAAAAUUUUUAGCAGCUUGUGCAGCAGGAAAGUGGAUACUAACUAAAGACUAUAUAAUUCAUAGUGCCAAAAGUGGCAGAUGGCUUGAUGAAACAACUUAUGAAUGGGGAUAUAAAAUUGAAAAAGAUUCUGAUUAUUCACCUCAAAUGCAAUCUGCACCUAAAAGAUGGCGUGAAGAACUGAAACGCACUGGUGCUCCAGGAGCCUUCCACAGAUGGAAAGUUGUCCUCCUUGUUAGAACUGAUAAGCGAAGUGAUUCUCUUAUAAGAGUUUUGGAGGCUGGAAAGGCAAAUAUUAUUUUACCAAAAAGUUCACCAAGUGGAAUAACUCAUGUGAUUGCCAGUAAUGCAAGAAUUAAAGCUGAGAAAGAAAAGGAUAACUUUAAGGCUCCAUUUUAUCCAAUUCAGUAUCUAGGGGAUUUUCUUUUAGAGAAAGAAAUUCAGAAUGAUCAAGAUUCUCAAACCAGUUCUGUUUGGACUAAACAUGGCAAUGAAGAAAAAAACAAAGAUUUCAGGAAAGAUGCAGGAUUUCUUGAAAUGAAAGGUGCCUUAAGAGAGACCAUGUAUAAAACCCAGAAAGAAAUGCAAAAUCACGAUGAAGAUAUUAAUGUUGGUUCUGUUUUGACUGAACAUCACAAAAAAGAAUCCAGUGGUUCCAGUAAAGAUUUGAAAUUUAUUAAAAUGAGAAAUACCUUUGGAAGGCAUACAUAUGAAAAUCAGAAGGAAAUUAAGAGAAAAGAUGAAGAUAUUCAAAGGAGUUAUGCUUUGAGGAGAAAACGCAAGAAAGGAAAAGAAAGCGACUGCAAAAAAGAUGUUGAACCUGAAAAAAUUAAAAGUACCUUAAGAAGGCACAUGUGUUAUAGAGAUCAGAAAGAAAUGAAGAAUUCUAUUUUUGCUGAAUAUACCAAAGAAUCAAAAAACAUGGAUAUCAGGACAGAUGUAGAUGUUGUUGAAAUAAAACAUGCCUUAAGGAAGCACAUAUAUAGAGCUCAGGCUUUUAGACACAACUGCAUUAGAAUAGAUAAACAACUGGUGUACAAUAUAGAGGUUAAAAAUGCUGAAUUUCCCAGAGGUAUAUUAAAUUUAAUUGAAAGCCUCAUAGAAGGACAGUUUUUUAAGGAAGCAAUUGAGGAGCUUUCCACUUUGCAGGCACAUUAUAUCCCUCCUGUAUGCCUUCUUCAUGCCCUUCUAGAGAACAUUCUACAGGAUAACAUAGAUACAUUUUCUGGUCGAUACUUUCAUAUAUUGUCAGCUCUUCUUCACCUGCAUCCUCCCUGGAAGUCUCCAGCCAUGUCAAGAUAUUAUUUAGAGUUGUUUCAGUGUCCAACUUGCAUGAAAGGAGCAUGGUCUUUAGUAGAAGUGCUUAUCAGGUCCUGCCUUUUCAAUGAAAGUUUUUGUCAUCAAAUUUCAGAUAAUAUUGGCUCUAAGGUGCUCCACCUGACACUGCUCAAAUUUUUCUUUAAUUUAAUUGAAAGUGAAGUACAACAUCUGAGUCAAAAGUUGUAUGACUGGUCAGAUUCUCAGAGUCUGAAAAUAACAGGAAAGGCAAUGCUUCUUGAAAUUUUUUGGGCAGGAAGUGAAACCUCCGGGCUUUUGACCAAACCAGUAAAUAUGCUUUUGGAAUGGACUAUAUAUUCUCACAAGGAAAAAUGCAAGUCUAAUGAUGUCUUCAAACAUGAACUAGCUUACUUAUUGGCUGGAAUUCUUGGAGCAGCAAUAGAUUAUUGGAUCUUCCUUGGUCUUAGGAUGGGUAGAAAUGUGAUGCGACACAUGUCUGAUGACUUCGGAAAUUAUAUUUCUCUUUCAUGUGAUGACUUUUCUUCACAGGAAUUAGAGAUUUUCAUUUGCUCCUUUUCCUCCUCCUGGCUUCAAAUGUUUGUUGCAGAGGCAGUCUUUAAAAAGUUGUGUCUACAGAGCUCUGGCAGUGUUUCUUCUGAGCCACUCUCUCUUCAGAAAAUGGUAUAUUCCUAUUUACCAGCCUUGGGGAAAACUGGUGUGCUUGGGUCUGGCAAGAUUCAGAUAUCAAAGAAAAUAGGACAGAGGCUUUGUUUUGAAUCUCAGAGAGCCUUACUAAUGCUGAAUGGUACUAAACAAAACCAAGUCGAAGAGCUGCCACAGUUACCGGGCCUGAACCUUGCUAAAUGUUCCUCAUCAUUAAAAAAAUUGAAAAAGAAGUCAGAAGGAGAAUUGUUAUGUUCCAAGGAGAAUUGCCCCUCUGUAGUUAAAAAGAUGAAUUUUCACAAGACUAAUCUAAAAGGAGAAACAGCCCUGCAUAGAGCUUGCAUAAAUAACCAAGUGGAGAAAUUGAUUCUUCUUCUCUCUUUGCCAGGAAUAGACAUCAAUGUUAAAGACAAUGCUGGCUGGACGCCUUUGCAUGAAGCCUGUAACUAUGGCAACACAGUGUGUGUCCAGGAAAUUUUGCAACGUUGUCCAGAGGUAGAUCUGCUCACUCAAGUGGACGGGGUGACUCCUUUGCAUGAUGCACUGUCAAACGGACAUGUAGAAAUUGGCAAGCUGCUACUACAGCAUGGGGGCCCAGUGCUUUUACAACAGAGAAAUGCUAAAGGAGAAUUGCCCUUGGAUUAUGUGGUUUCACCUCAAAUCAAAGAAGAGCUAUUUGCUAUUACAAAAAUAGAAGAUACAGUGGAGAACUUUCAUGCACAAGCCGAGAAACAUUUUCAUUAUCAGCAACUUGAAUUUGGCUCAUUUUUACUUAGUAGGAUGUUGCUAAAUUUUUGUUCAGUUUUUGAUUUGUCUUCAGAGUUCAUUUUAGCUUCCAAAGGGUUAACUUAUCUAAAUGAACUGCCUAUGGCUUGUAAAAGUGAUAAAGAAACCACCAGUGUUCAUACUGACUGGUUAUUAGAUAUUUAUGCUAGAAAUAUAAAGACAUUGCAGAAACUCCCACAUAUUCUUAAGGAACUGCCUGAGAAUUUGAAAGUGUGUCCUGGAGUACACACUGAGACCUUGAUGAUAACAUUGGAAAUGAUGUGUCGGUCAGUCACAGAGUUUUCAUGAUGAUGCUAGAAAGUACGGAUUGAUGUUCUAAAAUUUAAUUCAACUUGCAUUGGCAUUUACUAUGGAUGUCAUAGCUUAUGGACAGAUAGAAAUUUGAUUUAUUUAUUGACAAACUUUGCAGCCUUGCUAAAUUUUAAAAGCAUUUUCUAAAAAUCUUCUGCAAAACUCUAGUGUGCUUCUGACUCUUUCCAGGGUGUAGAAUUUGACUCAAAAGUAAAAAUAAUUUUGUUUUAGUAUAUACUGGUUUCAUUAAUCUUUAAUUUUUUGUUAUGAAAGUGAUAUAUUGUACAUGUAAAAUUAAUAUAAAUCUUUUUUCCAAUCAAAAUGAAUGUCAUCUAUUCUAGAUGUUCUAGGUCUUAGAAUCAUGGCAAGGAUAUUCAUACAAAUGUGUACCUGUAAACUUGUAGCUCCUGAGUCUUAUGGAUGGAUUUUGAGGAACAAAAACAUGUAGCUCCCUAUUUUUUCUCUAUAGGCUGUGGGACUGAAAUAUGCAUUUUAGCUUUGUGUGUUUCUAAAAUAAACAUUUCUAAAAUUUAUAGUAA